GUUUUACUUUCGGUUUAGCCUGUUUUGUCUAGUGUUGAGAUGGCGCACAGUGCAGCAAAAAGAAGAAGUCCAGAUAUGGUUCGCCCGAACAUGGGCAUAUGUUCAGAUGAUGAUCGCCCCCAUGGCUCUGGAAUUAAAACAGAGGGAACAAACAUUAUGGCAAAUCUGUGUUUAAAUGUGGUUUUGCUGGGAAGAACAGGAGCUGGGAAAAGUGCAGCAGGAAACACAAUACUGGGACGACAGGCUUUCAUAUCAAAGAAAAGCUCCACUUUAGUCACUCGAGAUGUUGCUUCUGAAGAUGGUGAUAUUUGUGGAUUACCAGUCACUGUUUAUGACACACCUGGAUUUUCUGGUGCAGAAAGUAAGGAAGAGCUUAGGAAAUAUGAAGAAAUUCUGCAGAAAUGUGAAUCAGGCCUGUGUGCAUUUCUCAUUGUUCUCCGGUCAGACGGAUUCACUGAAAUAGAACAAGAAACUAUAGAGAAGAUUGAGGAGAUGCUGGGAGAAAAACACCUGAAGAACACCUGGAUUCUCUUCACCAGAGGAGACGAACUGGAAGAAGAAAACAAGAGCAUAAAUCAACUCAUUAAUGAGACUGAAAGCUUGAAGAAACUCAUUCAGAAAUAUGAGGGCAGAUUUCACGUGUUUAACAACAAGAAAAAUGGACCGAGUGACCAAGUGAAAUCUCUGAUAACUACAGUUUUCCUGAAGAAAAAGGAGAAUGUGUCAAAAAGACAAAGUGUUCCCAACAACAUCCAGGAUAUUCCUGUCUCCAGACUCUCAUCCAGACAGAUUGUUCUUCUGGGUAAAACUGGUGUUGGGAAGAGUGCAGCUGGGAACACAAUACUGGGACAGAAAGCGUUCAAAUCUGUGAUGAGUAUAUUUACAGUAACCAGUAAAUGUUCAGUUGCUCACGCCACUGUUUCAGGCAGAUCUGUGUCUGUAGUUGAUACUCCUGGAUUUAUUCACUCACAGAUGAACCCAGCACAGUUAGUGACAGAGAUAGCGAGAAGUGUUUAUUUAUCCAGUCCUGGACCUCAUGCUUUUCUCAUUGUGUGUAAUGUGAAUAUGAGAUUCACUGAACAAGAGCUGCAGAUCACUGAGCAGAUUGAGAUGUUGUUUGGGCAGGAAGUUUUAAAAUACUCCAUCAUUCUCUUCACUCAUAGAGAUCUGAUGGAAGGAAAGUCUGUAGAAGAGAUCAUUAAGCAGAACAGUAGAUUAAGAGAUCUAGUUGAUCAAUGUGGAGGCAGAUAUCACGUCUUCAACAAUAGAGAUCAGAGAAACAGAGAUCAGGUGAAUGAUCUACUGCAGAAGAUUGACACAAUGAUAGAGCAGAAUGGAGGAGGACACUACAGAAAUCAGAUGUUUGAAGAUGCUCUGAGAUUCAGACGAGUGGAAGAAGAGAGAAGACAGAGAGAGGAAGAGGAGAGACAAAGACUAGGGAAGAUAGGUAGAAUGAUAAAGAAAAUCGGAGCUGAGUUUGAGGCUCAAAAGAGGUUAGAAACAGAAAGACGUAAAGCAAGGAAACAGAGUGAAGAAGAGGGAGCAAUAGUGAAUUCCAUCCACAUUUGUCCAGGCAUCAGAAGCACUUUAUAUGGCAGUCAUUGCAGCAAGUUUUGUAUUUGGUGGAGCUAUAAUUAGUACAGCUGUUAUGGGUGCUGCUGGUGGUGGAGUUUAUAAAAAAAAAAAAAAAAAAACAGCACAAAAUGUAAGGUGAUUAUGAGAUGUAAUGAAAAUAUAGUUUUAGUUGCUCCAAAGACAUUGAUUCAUGGUGUGAUACAUUGUUGAUUUUCUGUAUAUUUCUAGUGUGUUUCUCAUUCAGCCUGACUUCAGAGAGUGAAUGUGCAUCUGUGUUGUUCUUUUGUGAUGUUUACUAAUUGGUUAGUUUCAUUAAAUAUAAUCUUUUUUUGGUAACACUUUAUUUUAAAGCGAUGUAGUUACAUGUUACUAUAGUAAUAACAGUAAAUUAUGCAUAAUUACAAGUAACUAACCCUAAACCAAACACUAACCCUAACCGUAUAUUAAAUAUUACUCAGUAGUACUUAUUUGAGUAUUUGAGUACAAUGUAGUUACGUCACCUCAAAAUAAAGUGCAACCUUUUUUCCUGGCAUUUCCCUGUAAUUCACUUUAUUAUUUUAGGUAACUUGUUUAAACAAGUGUUUAAAAAAGUUAGAGGAUUGAGUCAAACUGAGCUAUAAUUUCUGUCUUUAAUGCCACAAGAGAUUUUUUUUUUUUUUUUUUUAGUUCAGAUGAAGUCUGGCUCAUUUCUUAAAGUGCCCCUAUUGUGCCAUCCUAAUAGUGUUUUGGAGUCUCCUACAACAGGUUUACAUGCAUGCAAGGUCAAAAAACACUUUUGUUUUAUCAUAAUAUAGCCUACAUUUAAUUUCACGUCAGUUCGUAAACAAUUCGUUAGAAGCAGUUCGAAGAAUCAGUCUCUCUAAACCCCUCCUUUCCGUGAGCCUACACUGCUCUGAUUGGUCUACUGCGCGCACCACACGCCCAUUGCCAUAACUGAAUGACAGCUAUCAAUUCGCAAGACAUUGUAUACAAUGUAUGGACAGAAAAGAUAGCAUAGAUUUUACCAUAUCAAUUCGAGCCUGAGUCCGACGAUGAAACAUCUGAAGUAGUCGAUCAACCAGAAACUGAUUCACAAUCACGAAUGGAGUAGGACGUUUCUCUAUGGUGUCACCUUAGUUAUUUAUAGCAGCGUCACUGUUAUACUUUAUGUAGGUGCACCUGUGGGAACUGUAUCAGAAUGCCAAGAGAAGCUGAAAACCGCUAACAUAAUAUAAAAAUUUAGGCCAGAUGUGUACAGACUUUUUCAUCAUAACUAUUAAGAAAGAAAAAACUUCCAAACUAUGAAUUUUGAACAUCACUAGAAAAUAUAAAAAUCAAUUAUUAAUCAUACUUACAGGUUGAGAUUCAGAGGACGAGCUGGUCCAAAUAAACUGGGCAUUGAUCCAUAUUUUAAGACCAAUCGAAUUGUGAAUCCUAAGUUAAACUCCCUGAGGUUUGAGAAGCAGUCGUCAGCAGGGGCGCAUUAAGGUAAUCAAAGGCCCCUGGACUACAGAAUUAUGGUAUAGGCCCCCCGACCCCAAAUAAAAAUUUUAGCUUCUUGCCAAUUAUUUAUGUCGAAAUAUACAGUGGUGGUCAGAAUUAUUGGCACCCUUGGUAAAUAUGAUCAAAGAUGACUAUAAAAAUAAAUCCGCAUUGAUUAUCCUUUUGAUCUUUAAUUCAUAAAAUUAGCAAAAAACUAACCUUUCAUUGAAGGAAAAGAAUUGAAAGUGGGGGAAAAAUCACAUUAUGAAAUAAAUGUUUUUCUCCAAAACACGUUGGCCACAAUUAUUGGCACCCUUUAAUUCAAUACUUUUUGCAACCUCCUUUUCCCAAGAUAACAGCUCUGAGUCUUCACCUAUAAUGCCUGAUGAGUUUUGAGAACACCUGACAAGAGAUCAGAGACCAUUCCUUCAUGCAGAAUCUCUCCAGAUCCUUCAGAUUCCCACAUCCAUGUCAGUGCUUCUUCUCUUCAGUUCACUCCACUCAUUUUCUUUAGGGUUCAGGUCAGGAGACUGGGGCGGUCAUGGAAGAAGCUUCAUUUUGUGCUCAGUGACACAUUUUUGUGUUGGUUUGUUUUGGAUCAUUGUCCUGAUGGAAGAUCCAACUACGGCCCAUUAUAAGAUUUCUAGCAGAAGCGGUCAGGUUUUGUUUUUUUAUCUGUUGGUAUUUGAUAGAAUCCAUGAUACCAUGUAUCUGAACAAGAUGUCCAGGACCUCCAGCAGAAAAAUAGGCCCACACCAUUAAAGAUCCAGCAGUAUAUUUAACUGUGGGCAUGGGGUAGUUUUUAUCCAUGUGUGCACCAAACCCAUCUGGUGGGUUUGCUGCCAAAAAAGCUCUUUUUUUAGUUUCAUCUGACCAUAGAAGCCGGUCCCGUUUGAAGUUCCAGUCUUGUCUGACAGCUGAAUAUGCUGGAGAUUGUUUCUGGAUGAGAGCAGAGGAUUUUUCUUGAAACCCUCCCAAACAACUUGUGGGGAUGUAGGUGCUGUUUGAUAAUUUUUUUUUAGGCUUUCUGAGACUCAAGACUCAACUAAUCUCUGCAAUUCUCCAGCUGUGAUCCUUGGAGAGUCUUUGUCCACUCAAACUCUCCUCCUCACUGCGCAUUAGGGCGAUUUAGACACAGGUCCUCUUCCACGUAGAUUUGUAAGAUCUUUAGUUGAUUGUAACUUCUCAAUUAUUGCCCUGAUGGUGGAAAUGGGGAUUUUCAAUGCUUUAGCUAUUUUCUUACAGCCACUUUCUAUUUUGUGAAGCUCAACAAUCUUUUGCUGCACAUCAGAACUAUAUUCUUUGAUUUUACUCAUUAUGAUGAAUGAUUAAGGGAAUUUGGCUUUUGUGUUUCCUCAUGUUUAUACUCCUGUGGAACAGUAAGUCAUGGCUGGACAAAUUCAUGUUCAUGAUCACCCUGGUGUGCUAAAAAAAAAAAUGUAAAUAUGAAUGGGAAUAUACUUCAGAGAUAUUUACUCAUAAAAAAUUUUAGGGGUGCCAAUAAUUGUGGCCAACAUGUUUUGGAGAAAAACAUUUAUUUCAUAAUGUGAUUUUCCCCCCACUUUCAAUUCUUUUCCUUCAAUGAAAGGUUAGAUUUUUGCUAAUUUUAUGAAUUAAAGAUCAAAAGGAUAAACAAUGCAGGUUUAUUUUUAUAGUCAUCUUUGAUCAUAUUUACCAAGGGUGCCAAUAAUUCUGACCACCACUGCAUAUUGUCGAUAACAUUUAACAUUUACAACACUGUAUGUAUGUUGUGUAAAAAUAUGGGUCAAAUAAAGGUGAAUAUUUCAAUUCACUCUUUGCGGGUAGGUGGUGCGUGUAAAACAGCAGAAUUAUAGCAGUUUUUACAAACGACUCGUUUAAUUGACUCAGAGUCGACUCUUACAUUUGAGAGACAAUAACUUUAUAUACGGUGCACUUUCAGAUUUAAAACUUUGCAGUUUAUUCACUCAGAGCUACACUUCCCUCCAAAAGUUUGGAAACGCCCUGAAAAAGUGGGGUUUUGGACAAUAUUGGCAUGAAUCCUUUUUAAUUUGUGAUCAUUUUGCACUGAUAAGGGACAAUACAAACUACGAAAACAUUUUAUUACAUAAACAGUUAAAUUUUUAAAUAUUUUAAAUAUCGAUUCAUCAAAAUAUCCACCAUUAGCGGCUAUCUGACCUAAACUGGGUUCUAAUUGGUUCAUUGAAUUCUAAACUUAAUUGGCAAUCAGUUGUUGAAGCUAUUAAGGUGUGCUGACCCAAAAAUCUUUUACAAACCUGGGCCCAGUUUAAACCAGUAACCAGGCAUCACAGCUGGCAAAGGGGCAUGUCUGACUUUGGCAUGUAUAUAUUGCCAUUAUUAUGUAAUCAAAAUGAAAAUUAUUAUUGCUGGUCUUCAAUAAUGUCAAGUUACUUUAAUGUAUUUGCACCAAAAAAUGAUAAGAAUUUAUGCUGAUAUCGUCCAAAAGCACACUUUGCCAGGGGUGUUUCUGAACUUUUGGAGAGCAGUGUAUGUUACACACUACAUGAAAGGUCAUUUUCAAAAAUCCAUAAUAGGGGCACUUUAUGUUCGUUUCUUGGCAUCACCAUGUUGUCCUGCAUAAAAGUUUGCUUUUAGAGUUGUUAACAUUGUACAACCAAUACAGUUGACUGAUUUUGAAUAUCAGAAAUUGCAUGGGGAAAAAAGAAAUUAAAUCAAUGUAAAAUGUGUUGAUCCAAAGAGUCUGGUGUGUGUAUUUUGCUUCAAGAGAGCCAUAUUUGUGUGGUGGUUUAUUUUCUUUCUUAAAUAUUCAUUCAUUCAGUAAUAAUCAUUUAUUAUUUAAUUACUUAAUUUAAUCAUUUAAACCAUUCAUACUCAUUUUAUUGAAAAAGAUUAUUUAAUAAACUGCUAAUUAAUAA